CCUACAGAGAGAGACAGGCAGAGAGGUCCUGUCACAGCAAAGCGAUAACACUAGUCUGAACAAAAAAAAAAAAAAAAAAAAAACAGAUAACGAGCUGCUCUGCUUUGGUUUGCUGCGGCCAGCAAAUCCGGGCUCUGGGCGGCUGAAUAACAUACUAUAACAUCGGAAUAUUGCAACACCAGAGCCAAACUCACUCACUCAGUAAUCAGUCGGUGUUAGCCUAGUUUAAUGUUGUUGCCGUGAAGCCUUAACUAUCUCUCUUUCCCUCUCAGACCAAAGAAAAAAAAAAAAAGAGAAAGACAAGCCAAGACACAGUCACCCCGUCCGACAUCAUCAACAAACAAAAACCCCUCAAAGAGACGAACCAGCCAGCCAGCCAACCAGCCAGCCAGCCACCAUCUUAACAGGCUGCUGAAAGAGACACACACAGAGAGAAAAGAGGCUAAUGCUUAUUUUGAUCAACAGGUUGUUGAGGUGAUGGUGACAGGGAGAAAGGCAGCCUGCAUUAUACUUGUUACACGGAUCUACAACACGCUUGAUCAAACUCAAAACUGUGCUGCCCAGCUGUAAAGCAUAAGAGGAGAGACAGCCCUGGACCAAAGGUAGCUGAUGCUACGUGGAGUUUAAGACCUACUUAAACUUCAGUCAAAGAAGCUGAAAAGUGGCCUGUGGAGUUAACGUGGACCUGAUAAAGAAAUGGAGGGAUAUUAGUUUGGACCUGGCGCCUGGUUUCUGCUUUCCAUUACAGCGUGGAGUACGGAGGGCCAGUAGCCGAACUGUGCUGCUGGACGGACCGUUGCGGCGCAGGGUCGAAUCGAGCCGCUUCAACAGAACUGAUGCCAAAGCGAGGAGUCAGCCAUGAUGUUUUUAUAACCUGAUGAUCAGCAGAGAGAUGGUGAGGAAGAAGAAUCCCCCUAUCCGGAGUGUGGGAGGUGAAGAGGAGGAGGAAGAAGAGGGGAGGAGGCCAGCAGGAGAAGAAGAAGAAGAGGGAGAGGAAGAGGGGAGAGUAGGAGCAGAGGCCGAACGAAUAAACCGACCCUCUGAACCAGAGUCCUCCGACCGGGUCAGAGGUGAUGAGGAGCAGGAGGAGGAGGAGGGAGAAAGCGAGUGUGUUUCGUCAUCCGUCUCUCCCUCAUCAGUUGGUGAUCGCUACAGUAAUGAGGAGAGAGGGGGGAGGAGAGGAGGAGGGGGGAGAGCCAAACAAGGAGGAGCCGCAUUGACUGACAGACCUGAGAGCCAGUCGGACCCUGAGGAUGGGGAGAAGGGGGUAGAGGAUCAUCUCACUCCUCCUCUCCUCUCUGCCACCCACCUCCUCCCCAGACAGGAAGGAGGGGAGGAGUCGGCAAACGACACCCCUGCACUUUCCUCCAGCCCCUCUCCUAAACUUCAGGACUUCAAGUGCAACGUGUGCGGUUACGGCUACUAUGGCAACGACCCCGCUGACCUGGUGAAGCACUUUAGGAAGUAUCACCUGGGUCUGCACAACCGUACACGGCAGGAUGCUGCUCUUGACACACACAUCCUGGCCCUUCACAACAUGGCCCCCCAACACACACCUCUAGACAUACAGACAGGACAAGGGCAGAGGAACCAAGCCAAAGAGUUGGGGAAGACAAGGCCAGAUAUGCACAAUCAACAGCAUAGGGCAGUUAUGAUGAAUGGCACAUAUGACGUACAGGUGACGUUGGGCAGCACGUUAAUUGGGAUUGGCCGGAAGACCUCUGAUUGCCAGGGGAACACUAAGUACUUUCGCUGCAAAUUCUGCAACUUCACGUACAUGGGCAGUAAUUCCUUAGAACUUGAACAACACUUCCUGUCCUCACAUCCAAAUAAAGUCAAAACACCGCCAACCACACCGCUUCUGGCCACCAACAACCUGGCAACGCACGACAACCAGGCGAAGGGAAGGAGUCAGAUUAUAGACGGGGUGGAGCGAGUGGCAGUGAGAGCGGAAGACGAUUCCUUGGUCGGGUACUCCAUCCCAGUCAGGGCAUGUUCAGAUUCGUCAGGCUGGACAGGGGAGCCAGCUCGAGGCGCUGUGCAGGCAUAUUAUUGGUGUAAAUUCUGUAGCUGGAGUUGUGAGUGGUCGGGGGGCUCGGCGAAGCUUUUAGAGCACUAUGAACAAAGACAUAGAAUGAGCAUGGGAGGUACUAUGAGCCCCAACAACUCUAAUCCAGGGGUGCUGGACAGAGAGAGGGAGAGAGGAGGAAGAAGAGAAGGCGGAGAAAGAGACCAUAUCACAUCCAAAAGCCGCAAAGAUCUAUCUUCCAACCCAUCCAGCACCAGCCAAGGAGACCCAAACAGCAGCGAUCCAGAAGCAGUCGUGACCAGUUAUAACUGUCAGUUGUGUGAUUUCCGGUACUCAAUGGCCCACAGUGCAGAUGUGAUCGUAGUAGCACCGUUACUACUGCACUAUCAGCACAACCACUCCAUCCACAGAUGCUGCAUUCAGCACUGCAUGUAUUGUCCACAGGGCCUCUGUCAGCCGCAUAAACACCUGGGGGAGGUUUCCCAUCCCUUUGCUUGUCGGAAGCCCAAUUGUCCUAAAUGCUGUUCCAAGUUUCCUCAGUCCACCAAACAGCAGGACCCAGUCAGUUCGAAACCUGCCACCACCACCUCACCCAGCAUGACCCCUCCUAAUCCGAGAGGUGACCCAGGUGGGAUUUCUGGUUCCACCUUUCACCCCUCUAAUCCUGCCCAUCCUGUUGUCACACAAGGUGUCACCCACUUGUGUGACCAGUGCGCGUUUGCCACCACCGACAUCGAUGUGUUGCUACAACACUAUGAAAGCUGCCAUACCCUGAUCAACCUAAAGGGCGCUUCCCCACACGUCAAGGCUGAGGAAGAGAUUGGGGUAGACAAGGAAGGCGGGAGAGGGGCAGGAGGAGAGAGGGAAUACUCUUGUACAAAGUGUCACUUCAUCACAGAAGUGGAAGAAGAGAUUUUUAGACACUACAGGCGUGUCCACGCGUGUUGCCGUUGUCGACGCUGUGACUUCACGGCUCCAGAUUCAUCAGCCCUCCUCGACCAUUUUAACUCUGUCCACUGUCACGACUCCUCUCCCUCGUUAAGCUCAUCCUUACCCACCUCACUGACAACCUCACUGACACCUUCAUUAUCAGUCUCAGCCAAUGGCUGCUCAGCUCCAUCUACCUUAGCCAUUAAAGAAGAGAGCAAGGGGGAUCUUCGCCUCCUCUACUCCCUUGCACCGCCUGAGGGACGGUUGGCAGAAGGAGGCAGAGAAGAGGCAGGAGGAGUGGUAAAAAGUGAAGGAGGUGAGGAGAAAGAAAGAGAACGGGAGAAAGGCUGGGUUCUUGGUGAGACACGAGGAAUAGGAGAAAGAGGAGGUGAGCAGGCCCACGGUUUACUCUGGGUGCCCAAGGAGCGAAUGGGGCCCGAAAGAGGAGCAGAAAGAGGGGCAGGAGGUGGGAGCCCCUCUCUUUUCCCCUCCCCCCUCCCAUUGUCUUUUGUUUCAGCCAAUCAUGAGGCCUCGCAGCAGAAAAGAGGUGUGGCCUCGCCUAGCAUGGUUUACCUGGGAGACACCAAGUCAUUUUUGGGAGAUACCAAGUCGUUUUUGGGAGACGCCAAGCUGUACGGAGGAGGAAGGCCAGGAGGAGCCCCUACAGGUGGAGGUGGAGGGGAGAAGCAGAGCCAGAUGCCCCCUCAGCAGUACACAGGAGGAGGAGGAGGAAGUGGAGGUGGUGGAGGACAGGAGGGGAAAGGAGGAGCUGCUAAAGAGGAAUCCCAGUCCCUGCUACGGCGGCGCAGAGGUAGUGGCGUCUUCUGCGCAAACUGUCUGACCACCAAGACAUCAUUGUGGAGGAAGAAUGCUAAUGGAGGCUACGUCUGCAACGCAUGUGGUUUAUACCAAAAACUGCAUUCGACACCCAGACCUCUAAACAUCAUAAAGCAGAACAACGGUGAACAAAUUAUAAGACGCAGAACCCGAAAGCGCCUCAACCCUGACUCACUGGCGUCUGAAAACCCCGCCCCCAAGCAACAACGAAUCUCCAGUGAGGAACGCAUGAAUGGGGAGGAGUCAGACCGAAGCUGUGCGUCGAUCAAAAACCAGCAGCCUUCCCCUCGCUCACGCUCACCCCGAUCCACUCAAGCCUUCUUAGCCAACCAAACAUUGGAGAUCCACAGACGCAUGACUCCUCUUCUCCUCUCUUCACAUCCCCCAUCCUCACUGGUAGUUGAGGGCAAUGGGGGCAUUGCAGAGGGAGGGAUAACAUCAAAGGUAGAGGGAGGUAAAGGAGGAGGGGGAUCAGAAAGAGGCAGUCCGAUUGAAAAAUAUAUGCGUCCAUCCAAACCGUCUAGUUAUUCGCCUCCUGGUUCACCCAUUGAAAAAUAUCAGUAUCCCCUUUUCUCUUUACCCCUACCGUUAACCCUCUCACCUGAUUUGACCCCUGAGUCAGAUUGGCUCAGAUUCUGGACCAAGUACAAGAUGGCAGCCACCUCUGGGGUUCCUGGUAGCAUCAGUAAUCUAAGCAGCCCUGGUAGCCUUGGAAAUAACGCUCAUUAUCUCGGUGCAAUGGUGACUCCAGUACAGCAUCAUCAACAAAGCUACACGGUGCCUUACUGCGCCUCUCCCUACUCUCCUCUUCCACCUCCUCCAGCUCCUCCUCACUAUCCUCCUCCUCCUCUUCAUCCACAAACAUCCUCCUCAUCAUCUUCAUUAGAAAAUGAUGCUCCUUUGGAUCUUGCAAUAAGACAAAGAGAUACAAGUGCUGCAAACACACACGUGUCAACAAAUGGUGCAGAGAGGAGAAGGCAUGAGUCGCCGCCAGCCGAGAGGCUGAGAGAGAACUGGAAAGGAGAGAAAGAGGAGGAGGAGAGGACUGAUGGCGGAGGGAACCAGAGGGAGGAGAUAGGAAAGGAAGAAAAAGAUCAUUUGACAAAAAGCCAGUCAAGUGUUUCAUUGAAUCGCACAAUGGUGGAAGUGGCCACACAGGAUGACCUGACCAAUCGCUGCAUCCACUGCGGGAUCUACUUCCUUGAUGAAGUUAUGUAUGCCCUGCACAUGAGUUGCCACGGUGACCAGGGACCAUACCAGUGCAGUUUUUGCCUCCACGUGUGCGUGGAUCGCUAUGAUUUCACCACACACAUACAGAGGGGCUUACACAGGUACACAGACAAAACGUCACAGCAGAAGGGUCACAUGCAAGACGGCAAAAUUCAGAGCAUCGCGUUGAUGUCCGAGCACGAGUCUCGCAGGGUGACGCCAGAGGAGACGAAAGAUGGAGGUGAUCAUGAUGAGAUCACAUGUGAAAGCGAUGAUGUCAUGGGAGCGCUUCAUGAUGAUCGAGCAGAAGAAGUUACAGGCAGUGAUGCCAAUGAUAAGGAAACAGGAGCUGAAAUGGGGGAAAUAGUAGAGAAUCAUGACGUAACAAACCAGGAAUUAGGAGACAAAGUGGCGUCAGAUGGUAGCGCUGACAUCACAAAAACCAUCGACAUCGCAGAGAGUAAUUAAUCUGAUGCCUUUGACUCACAUAAAACUUUAAGAACACGCUUCAUUGGAUGAAUAAGCUGUAUGCCUUCAUGUUCCUGGAGGCUAGCUCAUGUCAAAAUGGGCCUAUCCUGGGCACUAAAUGGAACACAUCCUUAUGCUGGAAGCACUCGGCUGUCAAAUGGUCAAAAAUCAUUGUAGGAUCCCGCUGAACUGCUGCGGGGACAGUUUGGAGAAAUAGCCUGAAUCCUGUUUUGAGUGACGGUCACUUGACAGCUCCGUGGCAAGAAUUCAACAACGGAGUCCGGGCAUGCAGCUGAAAUCACCUUUAAUAAACAGCCACUUAUGUGCUUUCCAAAUAAGAGGAUUGGAAGCUCGACUGAAAGUUGGACUGGUCUCAUUUAGGAUGAGUCUGAGGAGCUCAGCACUUGCACAGCCACCAUACAGCAGAGCAAAAAAAAAAAUGCUAGAAGCAAAACACUUAAACUGAACUGAGUUGAUCUGUUAUGCACCGUGCUUAACUGAACCCCGAGCUGGCCCAAACUAGUCUGAUGCAUCAUUCAGACUCUUUUAUGUUGGUACAACCAGAUGUGAUCUGGUUAGAACUGCUUUGUUCUGGUCCAGAGCAUGUGUUAAACUGUUUUUCCGCUGUGCAGAUGGAUCCAAAACCAAAACUUAACUUUGAAGAGGGAGAGUUCAGAGUUAAACCAGUUUGUUCUGGUGCCAGUACAGCUGGUGUUACAUUGCUACAAAAGGAUCAGUUGGCUUCUUUCACUCGUGCCCUGUUGUUACUGAAACUAACCGUAUUCUUGGAUCAAUGCAAAAUCACCACCUCUGCGAAGUGGCGCAGAAUGGUAGACUGGUUUGGUUUGAUUUGACCUUGACUUUUAUGAACUCCAUGAACUUCUUAAAGCCAGUGUCAGCUGGUAAAACCGGUGCGAUACCGGACCGAAGUGUUCUCUUCAUCCAUUUGGAUCGAACCAAGUGACAUUAUUUUCUACCUUCCUCCGUGCCAUGAUACUAGCUACGUGCCUGGCUGCCUGCCUAAUAGAACAACCAUCUAUUAACCUGCUUAACAUUUAUAUUAAUAAUAAUAAUGGUAAUAAUAAUAAUGAUGAUGUUAUAGUUCAAAACAUGCAAUUUGCUACACUUUCCUAUAUAAUAUGUUAUUUUGUAAAGGCAAAUAAUGCUUUUUUGCAGGAAAUGGUACUAUAAAAAUUAGUCUAUGCGACUUUCUUUCUCUUGUUUUUGAGCUAUUUGUUGUUCGUGUUCUUAAGGAGACUUGUUACAUUGUUAACAGCCGUCUAACAGAAAUGGUACAGGAAAAGAGGGGGUUGUGGUGUGUAUGUGUGCAUUUUGUGUAAUUGCGUUUAUGUGUGUGAGGAUCAAAGGAUGUGUCCGUCCCCAAACGAUGAUGUAAACAUAAUGAAGGCUUGCGCUUGGUUUUUCAGUCCUCAGGGGUCACACGUGUUGCACACCAACCCACCUGUUUCAUAGCAUGUGACACAUCAUUUUUUUUUUUUUUUACAUGUUAAAUGGUCUAAUGGUUUUAGCAUGUUCUCUUACGUUCUCUUAUAUAUGUUAUGAUGAUCUUUAUGUGUUAAUAGAUCAACAUGGUCUUAGUAUGUAACUUUUUUUCUGUAUGUCUUUUAGAUGUUGUUAGGUUACAUUUACAUGGUUUUCUAGAGAGACUUAGGAACUUAGAGGGAUAAACCCUUUUUUUUCUCAAAAAGAUCAAUUAUGUGGGUUAACUGUAUAAACUUUAGCUCUGUACUGAGUCUACAGAGCCUCUUGCCUACAGUGUUUUAUUCAGCUAAUAUCAUAUUGCUGAGAGUUUGGUAGGUUACCUCUAUGUAGCAUGUUAGCAUCUUAUAAAAUCUGCAAAAUGAGUUGCCUUUUCUAGGGAUGGGAAUUGUUACUUAUUAGACUUAAAUAAUACUGAAGAAAACUCAAGAUUGUAAAGUUACAUUUUAUAAUUCAGUGAAGUAAAACGUUCAUGUUGCUUUCAACUCCAGCUAACCCAUCACAAUUAUUUGCAAUUUAUGACCCACUUCAGAUCCAUCUUUUAAACACGGUUAAGAAAAAGAUGCACCUGCUCUUUGGAAACAGCAUCUACAACUGAGUCUCUCUUUAAACCAAAUUUUGCAAUUCUCAUAGCUCACUCUUGACACUGAGAGAAUUGUGACCGUCAGCUCCUUGAAAGUCCCCCUGUUCUUUAAAAUGGAGCAGCACGAUGGCCAACUUGUUUAUUUUUAUAAAGAGAGAAUCACUUCUCCAGCCUUGCUGCCUUAGUUGCUAGAAAACACACACACACAAAAAAAAAAUCACCAAGGGACUCCUUUGAAGGAAAUAAUACAAGGCUGAAUGAUAAUGAAAGACAGGAAGGCACAUGCUAAAGAAUAAGAAAAAGAUAUUUUUCUAUACUUAUCCUAAACACAUGAAUGAAAAAUAUUCCGCCUAGUGCCUGGUAACUUGUACAGUUUUUCUAAUAGGUUUGUCUGAAUGUGUCAACAGUUACGUACAUUAUGAGUCAUGUCAGGCAGAGGUUGGGUAAACAAACUGCUAUAUUGAUUCCCACGCACCAAGUUAUCACAGUCAUCGAUUAUGACAUUUAAUUUCAGCUUAGCCGUCUGAUUGGUCAGAUACCUGUUCAGACUUUUCAUAUGUGCAGCCCAUGAGAAAGACCCACAUGAGCUUUCAAAAAAAUGGAAUUGGUUGCCAUGCCAACGGUUCAUCAUUAGUUAACCGUCUUUCAUUUUCGAAUGUAUGUACACUACUCUGUAGAAAUGUUGAGACAAAUGCCUCGGUUGCUUUGGUGUGAAACACUUAACACCAGGAUGUUUUUCACUGUGUAUUUGGUUCAUUUGGACAAGGAAGCUGAAUUGCGGCAUUUAGUCGUGUCACCAGUGUGUCCAUAUUAUGGGAUGGAUAACAGUCAUUCUACGGUGUGAAGGAGUGAGAAGGAGUUUCAUCAAUCUUUAAGGGGUUAUCUGAAGACGGUUUUGUCAACAAAAGAUCAAAUUUCAUUAUUUUCUGAAACCAACAGUAAGAUUUUUUUUCUUUUUUAGUACAACAUGGCAACAAAGAAUAAAAUCAGAUACAUUUUCUAGUCUGCUCUAUUAAAUGAAAUUGCUGAACUUUUCACCAGAGCAGUCGGUGUAUUGUUGAGUGCUGGUUGCAGGUUAAUACCUCUAGUCUUUCGAAUAAUUGGCUGUGAUGCACAGUAUACAAACAAAGCCUUUCAGUUUCUGUCCAAAGGGUCAAGGCAUUUGCAUCAUACCUUAAAUCCUUUACAGCAGAAAAUGAAAAAAAAAAAAACACAAAAAAAAGCAAACUAUCCAACUAGUGCUGAACAUGUUUCAUUAUAACGCUAAGACACCUGCAAACUGUUUUUGCAACAUAUUUACACUGGAGUUGGACGUCUGGCUGAUGGCAAUCAUUGCUGAGGAAAGACAUCUUGCUGCUGCUGUGUAAAUGAAACGAAAUCAGUCUGUCAAGCAAGUGUGCCAUCCUCCUAUCUGACCUGCAACCCACUCUGCUGUCAAGUGCAGGACUUUUUGUUCUCUGUAGAGUUUAUUUAACACCUUUAUUAUGUAUGGCUCCACUAUCCACAUCACACCUGUAAGCGAAGGCAUCUUAACUCCAUUUGUUACAUGUUUUAGAAGUACUUCUAUCCUGAGGUUUGCCCUUUAUUUGGUUAAUAAGUCACAUCAUGUAAGGGCUGAUAAGACAGAUACAAAAAACAUAAUGUUUAAAAAAAAUCAGUUUUAUCAGUUUUUAUACAAAAAUUGAUAAGCUAGUUUGAAUUGUCCUUAUUUUAGGAAAUCUUUUGUGCUAACGUAAAGUUUUUAGAAUUUACGUUUUUUGGGCUUCUCUUAAGGGGCUGCUAGCGUAAUACAAACUGUUUACAUUUGCAGAUGUAGCAAAAAAAAGGAAUGAAGCAUCUCCUUCUUAAAAGACAGAACAAAGGGAAGGAUGGAGAGACACCUGCUGAGAUGGAUGGAUGGGUGCCUUUGAAGAAUAAAUGGAGAGAAAGUGGAUGAAUGGAGGGAGGACGGGAUCAAAUUAAACUUGCAGUGGCUGAUAAAAAAGAGGUUUAGUUGAUGUAUCCAUCCAUCCCAUUUCUUCUGUUUUGCUUUUCUUUACCGCCUUUCAACUUCUUUCUCAUCCGUUGUCUUUAACUUGACAUAUACCUCUCUGUUUUUCUUUUUAUCUCUCCAACUGUUCUGCCGUCCUCUGCCGCUCAUCUCUCAUGUAUUCUUCCACUUUUCUGCCGUCUUUAGAUGAAAAUAAUGAUGGAGGCAUUCUCACUUGGUAGACAGGUUGAGGGAGUUAAAUGGAAUUAGGUGAUAGUUUCACCAUGUUGUGCCCAAAAAGCUGAUUUCAACUCUUGCCCCAGAACUGACAGGAACUGAUCUGCUUAUGUUGACUUGGCUUAGGUUGAAUUUCUCUCCUACUUGAAUGGGCUUUGAGUUUGUGUAAAGGAAUCAAUACCAGCAGUAAAACUGUCCGUGAUUUGGGUUCAUCCACUCUCCAGCGGGACUUGAUAAGACUUUGAUAAGAAUUCAACUUCAAUUCUCUUUUUUUCAAAGCAGUUCUUCGGUAAUAGUUUUCAAAAUUUGCUCCUGAUUUCUAAGAAACAGUAGGAGGAAGGUUUGUGGGGGGUAAAAAAAAAAAAGGAUGAACUACUUUUGCCUUUUUGGGUUAAGUCUGGUUUUACAUCUCAUCUUGAUGAACCACAAGGAUUUCUCAGUGGGCUGGAGACAAAUUCUGAUGCCAAAAUGUUUGAAUGGCUUUUAAAAGAAAAUCCUUUCUCUGUACUCACUAAGUUGAGAGUAAAAAGAACACAACCUUGAUGAUAAAAACCUCUGUUCACGCACACUUUUCAUUUUGUAAGUGCUCUGCAGAACCCUUUCCCAUCCAAAUAUCUUCUUUUGUAUAUUUUCCAGCUUAGCGUUGUCUUCUAUGUGUCAUGUAAGGAUGCUGUAUUUCUAAAAACAUAGAUGUUAACGUUGACAGGAACAUUGGGAGAGCAUUUCAGCUGUCAUUUAUGGUUCAAAAUAGGCAAUUUAGGUAUGAAAUGAGGUUCUGCAGGACACACAUGACAUGACCUUAUUUUAUUUCAAUAUUGAAUUGUAUGUUUAAGGUUUGAUGGCAUUUCACAUCAGCGUUUACAUUGGGGGGCCUUAACAAGUGUUUUAAUUUUCGUCUGUGUCAGAAUGUGUUAUAGAAAAUGAUGCUGUUGCUUGCACUCCGUUUAUUAUGGUCUUUAUUGCCAAGGAAGGGACAACACACACGCACACACACUUUUACACACACACACGCACACACACAUACACACAAAGACACAUACAGACAGUGGUACGGAUUGAGUGUACAUUUUGGGAUGUACAGUAUUAAUCAUGGGAGACAAGUGAGGUAAAGGCCAGUUUAUUAUUGGUCAGACAAACACACACACACACACACACACACACACACACACAUCAACUAUGUACAUUUAACCAAUAUAUUUUAGUAGAAUUUUUGUCUCUAUUCAGUUGAAUGGCUUUUAUAGAAGAGAUGGGAUUUUUUUAGGUUAUUUUCUUUUUCAUGUUGUAUUUUAUUCUGCUACUUUUCUGUAUGUUAUUGUUUUUAGGUUUUAUUUCAUGCAAAAAUGAUAUUUCAACAACAUAUUUUGACAGCCAAGAAAAGUUUGUUACACAGCUAAACUUGAAGAAUAAUGAUGAUGACGACGAUGAUAAUAAUUAAUAAAAGUAAUAACAAACAUACUGAAAAUGUACAAUGGGUGUUUUAUUCAAAAGCCAAACAAAGAAACAAGAAAUAUACCUUUUGUUCUAUAAAUCCUGAGUGAAACACAUCCUACUAAAUCCUCCUCAGGUGUUCAAAGGGUGUGUGGUCUAAUCUGGGACAAACUGUGGACUUUUGGAGCAUGAAGACAUGGUG